CUGAGUCAUAACAAUUCGAUGUCAUAAAUUGUUUUGCUGUAUAACCUGGACCUGGGCAGGGAUUUGUCGGAAAGUGUUUUCAGUAUAUUGGCGAACUUUAAAGAUUGAGUUCGAAAAAUUUCGUUACUUUGCGAAAUGGAGAAUCACUUAUUCAGUUUGAAAUUUACCGUCAAAGAAUUUGAGAGGAAUUCAAAGAAAUGUGACAAAGAAGAAAAAGCAGAAAGGGCAAAACUGAAGAAAGCCAUUCAAAAGGGAAACAUGGAAGUGGCGCGGAUUCACGGCGAAAAUGCCAUUCGCCAAAAAAAUCAAUCGCUUAAUUUUCUUCGUAUGGCGGCGCGAAUUGACGCAGUAAGCAGUAGAGUGCAAACAGCUGUUACAACUAAAAAGGUUACACAAUCGAUGGCUGGUGUUGUCAAAGCGAUGGACAGUGCUAUGAGGUCUAUGAAUCUGGAAAAGAUUUCAGCUUUAAUGGACAAAUUCGAAAAACAGUUUGAAGAUCUCGAUGUUCAGAGCUCGUGCAUGGACACAGCCAUGUCUCAAACCACAACCACUAGCGUUCCUCAGAAUGAUGUCGACUUCCUCAUGCAGCAAGUGGCAGACGAAGCGGGCAUUGAACUCAAUAUGGAACUACCGCAAGGUAAUACGAGCACACUGAAUCCCAGUGUUACCGUUGGAGCCUCCACGCAAGCCUCCACCGAACAAGAUGAAUUGACGCAACGUCUAGCUCGUCUUCGUCAAAUGUAAAAGUCGUUUACACUCCAUCUAUGGAUAUUGGCUCCUUGCUUUCUGAAAUUCAUUGAUCUUUCGAUGGCAAAGAUUUCGUGGGAAUAGCCUAGUUCCGCGUUCGCCCACAACACACCUGUUUAUAUUUUUACAAGUUGCUCCUUCAUAAAGAGUUAAACUCGUGGGUGUCUUUAAAACUCUCUCAAGCACCAGUUCAUUCAUGAAUGUGUGCCGCGUUCGAAUACAUACAUCAGACGUCAUUAAAAGUUGUUUACAUCCGGA